AUGUUGCGUGCAGCACAUGCUCUGCGAGCCGGCCCUUCGCGGCUCGGGCCUCUUCGCAGCAGCGCCCUAAACGUACACACCACUGCCGUCCGAUCGAAGCGCCAAUCCGGCACACCAACGCAGGCGUCUAGAGGCUCCUCGAGUAGUAAGAGCACCUCGCCGACAGCUGCACCGACGCCGGCGCAUGCAGCAAAGAUGCCGAGCGCAACAGCACCUAAACCAGUCGCGUCCAGCACAAAGAUGCGCCCUUCCAAAAAGGCUUCGAGCCAACCAACCGCUCCUCCAGCAGCUGCCGCAGCAGCGUCGAGCCCCGCCGCGAAGGCGCCCACUCUUGAACCAAGCAGCGCGGCCGAUUUGAGCUCGAGCACACCUCCGAGACAUCAGCAGGCCAAAGUCGAGAUGGUUCCCUUCCGAGUCUCCACGGACGGUGCAAAAGAGUUUUUGAAGACAAUAGCCGUGAUGGAGGUUAUGCCGAGGGUCAUGAGCAAAUGGGACAUGCUCAAGCAUCAGCUGCUGUCCCUCGUCGGCAUCACAAGCAUGUCGGACCCAGAGGAAAAGAUUGUCAAGCUCGAGAGGAUGACGGCACUCUAUCUGCCGAUCUGGCUCGUCGACGCCUCGUUUGAGGUCAAGUGCCGCGGUAACGACGGAAGGGCAGAAUCCAACUUUAUCACGACGUCGUCACGGUUCCCAGGACACUCUUGGAAGCCGAUGGAUACCAUGCCGAUGUUUCCGCCUCCUCCAUACGAUAUGAGCCCCAAGGCAGACGCGCAGAACGAUCCUAGUCUCGGCGGAGACGCACCCAAAGCGACUUGGAACAACUUAUCGAUGGUAGACUAUGAGUCGUACCAAUCGUAUCUCAAGCGGAUGGAAGGGUCGAAGGUCAAGAUCGAGGGUGGUAUCCCGGACCCAUUGCCAUUCACCAUCUCGCCGCUCUGCCUGCCAGACAUGCUGCGCAACCAGCUCGAGCUGAAAGACCUUACCUUCAAGCAAGACCUCGCCGCAGGAGUGCCCAUUCCGGGUGCCGGUGUGCACGGGCUCGGUCUCACCAUCGCCCUCGUCAACGAGGAAGGCGAGCAGAUCACCGCCCCACCCGUCCGGUUCGAGCCCGAUACCCUACAGCUCGACAUGUUUGCCGCGUACCCGAUCCUGAUGCCUCUGCACAUGGCGGAGUACAGCUACGUGGACCAAGAGACAGAAGAGCGCCAGCACAUCACGUUCGUGCUCGGUGCGUGGGACACCAACGGCCUGCAGAUGUGCAGCAAGGAGCAGGGCGAGGACUGGAACUGGACCUUCACCGACAUUCAACCGCUCAAGAUCGAUGUGCUGGAUAUGUACCCUCGCGUGCCGGUGCGGACAUCGCUCAACGAGAUGUUCGACAAGAAGCGCGAGGCGGAGCGCAAGGCGCUCGCCAAGGAGGCUGAGGAGGCGGACGAAGAGGCGAACAAGGCGAGCGAGAAAGAUGGCGAGCGUAAACCGCGCAAGUCGCUGAAGGAGUGGGAAGACGAGUGGGAUCGACAGGAUGCCGCGCACGACAAGCAGUUCAAGUCCGAGCUGAGGUCGAGGAUGAUGGAGAAGCUGAGUUCGGAGCUGCCCCUCAAGGCGUCGGUGCAGGAGCGCAGUCUGGAGCUGCUGCAGCGAGCUGACUGGCAGAGCUUGGAACGGGUCGAGCAGGACGCCUACGAACAACGAAUCGCGAAGCCAGCGCCACCGACAGUCGAGAAGAAGGCACGCAAAAGUGCCAGCCAGACGCCUAGCACCACCGCUCCGACCGAACCGCGCCCCUUCGAACAGCUAUAUGCGACCGACCGGGCGGCCGAACGCGAUCACCCCGAUCGCAAAGCUGGGCUGGGAGACUUUAUCUAUUGGAGCUCGCCGCAUGUCCAGCGCCUCUCGCACAACGUCUAUGCAAACCGGAGGUAUCUCACCGAGGCCAUUCCACCGGUGCUCGAGAGCCGCAAGCGCAUGGCGAGCAUCGAGGAAGGCGGCUACGACGUUGAUCGAUCGCUGCUCAAGGUCGAGCGCAAAGACGGAUCCAAGCUGAGUGGGAAGGAGGCGUACAACACGCUGGCGGCGGACGAUCUGAGUGUGCGGCAGCAGAGGGAGGCGUUGAAGCCGAGGUGGUUGAAGGCGCUAGAAGAGGCGAGACGGAAUUGA